AUGAGCACCAGUGAUGUAGCAGGACUACGAAGAGAGCUCGAGCGGCUCGGCAAGAGUCCCUAUCCGGCCUGGAUCACCAGCGGCGCGCUCUUUGUCGGCAACGGAUUGACCCUCCUCAAACAUCCUGGCCUGCCGCCAUUCGUCCAGCUGAGCGGUUUCUGGCUCAUCUUUGGUUUCUCGGGCUACGCCACGACGAAGGAUUGGCAAAACGGCGCAGGCAUCAGCACAGCCUGGUCAAUGUCCUAUCUCUUCCUGAACGCAAAACGGGCUGUCAAAUCGCGAGGCCCGGCAGCACUAGCUCUGACUUCCGUCAUGCUCGGCAAUCUCGCAAUCUACGGCACGACGUGGUGGAAUAUCUCUGAUCAGGACUCAAUGGCAAUCAAGGUGCCCACAAUAAGGUAG